AUGAAUUAUACGCGCGUGACAUCGAGGCUCUUCCCAAGUCUGGUGGCAGCCAGGCACCACCGCGCUCUAAGAAAUAAAGUUCUACCGUUAUGCCAUGCAACAUCAUCGUCAUCAUCACUUUUCCAAGCUAAAAUCACAUCGGCCAGGUUUAUCUCGACGGGCCAGCCUAACACGAGAGCAAACGUUCAUACAGGUCACAUUCGUCCAAGUUACUUUCUUGGUCUAUCUGCAUUGAUAACCUUCAGUAUUGUCCUAUACUCUCGGUGCCGGGGCUCAGUCUGCCUGGAUUCUGGCCAGACCAAAAUAGUAAGAGGACCGGAUCCAACCCUGGCGCCUCAGACGAAUGAAGCAGUGCAGUUACACUCAAGUCCUUGCGAUACCCCUGAAGGAUUUAAAGGCAUUGAAAACCUUCCAACGGAGAAUGCGGCGCUCACAUAUGCACCACAUGUCCCUCCACCGAUCACUCGAAACUAUCCCGUUCUCCUCCAAGUGCCGUUGACAACUGCCACCAAGGUAAAACAACUGACAAGUCAGCACAAGUACGAACAAUGGAAUUUCAACGGCACUGUCCCUGGCCCAUUCAUCCGAGCUCGGGUGGGGGAUGUGGUAGAGCUGUCGCUGACGAACAUUGACGAGACCGGCAAUCCGCACAACAUCGACUGCCAUGCAUUUCUCGGACCUGGAGGAGGUUCCGCGCUGACGACAGCAGAAGAAGGUCAGACGAAGACAGCGAGAUUUCGGCUCAUGUGCCCAGGUCUGUACUUUUAUCACUGUGCAGCAGCACCGGUGCCAGUACAUAUUGCCAACGGGAUGUAUGGGCUCAUGUAUGUCGAGCCAAUCGAAGGGGACCUCCCUCCAGUGGAUCGCGAGUACUAUGUGAUGCAGAGCGAAUUCUAUCACGAACCUCCUGAAAUUGAGGAAGAUGGAAAACCGUCAUCAACGGUGGAGUUUUCGUAUCCGAAUGCGCUGCGUGAGAAACCAAGCGUCGUUGUCUUCAACGGACAUGAGGCUGCCCUUACACGAGACAAGCCUCUCAAAGCUUCGGUGGACGAGAAAGUCCGCAUAUUCUUUGGAAACGCAGGGCCAAAUCUUACAAGCUCGUUUCACGUCAUUGGAAGCAACUUUGAAAAGGUUUAUCGUGAUGGCGACGUUGUUAGCCCUCCUGGGCAGUUUGUGCAAACAGUCAGUGUUCCUCCAGGCGGUUCUACCAUCGUCGAUAUGAAGAUGCUCGUUCCUGGGACAUAUACUCUCGUGGACCAUGCCAUAUUUCGUCUUGAAAAAGGUGCUGUGGGAUACUUGAACGUUGCUGGGGAACCGAGAGCUGAUAUUUACCUUGGUAAAGAGCCACCUGCUCCUUGCGUCGGCUGUAAAUUACAUCCUUGA